AUGAUUUACAGCGUACCACCCUUUCCUAUUGAUGUAACCUUCCGCCACUACAACGAUCCUUUUCGCGUGACAUUAAGAGCAUUACUGAACCACAUCAAUACGGUACACAGCCGUAGUCCGAAUUUCCGUGUCAUCUGCGGCAUUGACGGCUGCACUCAGGAAUACAGAGUGUACAACUCUUUUUACUACCACGUCAAACGGAGCCAUGCCUCGCAUCUCCUCAGCCGCAAGUGUAUGAGGCCCAGUGGAGACCGAACGGCGGGUAAAGCCGCGGAGGACAGUGCAGGGCUGUGUACAGCCAGAUAUGUUCCAAUGCAACCGAGAGAAAGAUGUUUGGAGAAUUUUGAUGUACCUAGCAUUCAGUCAGCACUAGAGGCACACGAACCCACUACAGCAAGCACACCAACAGGUGUUGUUAGUGAUGUUGGCUGCUCCACCACCGAAAAUGCCCGAGGUCACGCCGCUCCAGCUCCGGAUGGCGCUCCGCCAGCUUCUACUGAAGACACAGCGCUUACAGCCCAGGCGGAACAGGAUGAAGUACUACCCGAAUCUACACAACUAGGAGAAAGUGCUAUACAUGAAGAGACUAAUGUGGAUCUACUGAAGAAACAUGCUACUGCCUUUGUGCUCUCUGCUAAAGAGAAACACCGUUUAUCACAGAGUGCAGUCAAUGAUAUUGUAGCUGGAGUGCAGAACUACCAAGCUUCACUGCUGGACAGUUUGAAAAAUCAGAUGGCACGGGUAUUCCAGAGACAUUCAGAAGUUACAGAUCAGCUGCUUAGUGAGUCAAUGGACAUUUUUGAUAGUUUUGAAGACCCAUUUGCCAGAGUUUCCACUACAUAUAUGCAGGACUCAACCGUCAAGGAGCUGUUUGGAGUAGUGGAAGCACAAGAAAUUGAGAUUGCCCGGUCUGCAUGCUAUAAAGGACAAGGACCCUCUCGUGCUCUUGCUAUUAGAUCUGAGUGCAUUUACUACAUACCUUUGAUCAAAAGUUUGGAACAAUUACUUUCACAUCCUGUGGUUCUAUCAAUGUUUGACAAAGGUGUAGAGACAUGUAGGGCUGGAUUUUUAAAGGACAUCAUUGAUGGUGAUAUUUUGAAAUCACAUCCAUUGUUCUCUGUUAGACCCAAUGCCCUACAGCUGAUACUGUAUACUGACGAAAUAGAACUGUGUAAUCCUCUGGGGUCACAUGCCUCAAAAAACAAACUUCUAAUGGUGUACUAUACUUUAGGGAAUAUACAUCCUAAAUAUAGGUCUAAGCUGGCUGCUAUCCGUCUACUUGCUAUUGCAAAAGCAACGGAUAUUGCUCAGUGUAGCGUUGAUGUGAUACUGAAUAGAAUACUGGAAGAUCUGAUUUUGCUGUACAAUGGUGUGAGAAUCAAAACAGUGGCGGAUGAGAGAGUUGUAUAUGGAGCAUUAGUCUCAUUUUGCGGUGACACCUUGGCUCAGCAUGAGGUUACAGGGUUUAAAGAGGGAGUUGGAUUUUCAUUCUGUAAAUGCAGACACUGCGAGUGCAGUUUUGAAGACAUGCAGCUUUACUUUGAUGAGGACAGCUUUGUUCAACGGACAUUAGGUUGGCACAUCAGACAAUGUAAUGAAAUUGAGAGGGCCCCUACUGAUUUUUUAAGAAACAAAGCAGAGAACUAUGCUGCCUGGAGCUUUAACUCCUUCAGGGUCUCCCAUGGCAGAAUGGUCUUAGCGCAAGUGCCUGACUAA